GACAGAAGGAAAACAUAAUGGAUAUGAGUAUGGCUCGCGUCGCUCACAGGCAGUUUGGAGGCAAACGAUACCGGCUAGCGUCAGCCAACGCUACUUAUGACAAGGAAAGCUGCUGGCUAAUAAUAGCGCUUUAGCGUAAUCCUUUGCUCUUGUUGUUCGGUUAGCUGUGUGAAGCUAACCAAUUCACCCCAGCAGCAAAUUGUAAUUUGCGUUAAAAGUAACGAAUGGCGAAGGGUUAGUGUUACACGUCACUGGAAAGGAGGGCACCUGGACUUUUUUAAGGGAUGAGACACCUUCUCCGUUUGCCUAUCAAUGUCCCUAAAAUGCUUAGAAUCAUGCGGCCAGCCACGACUUCACCUAAGCUACGACACCGAGCCUCUGUGCUGUCGUCUGCCCAGGGAGACAGCACUUGCAACGGCUCGCAGAACAACAAGACCCCACUGUCGGACUCUCUCCUGUUCGAAGCUCAGUUCGAGGAGCUGGUGCGGGAGCUGACUGAGCAGGACCUCACCGACCCCGUGCUGCUCGACGCCCUGAACCGGCUCAAAGAGGUCUUGCUCUACAAUGCCCCCGGAGGCAAAAGGAACCGCGGCCUGUCGGUGAUUGGCUCCCUGCGGGAGCUCGUCCCUCCGAGUCGGCUCACCCAGGAUGACGUGCAGCGGGCUCUGGUGGUCGGCUGGUGUAUUGAACUGCUUCAGGCCUUUUUCCUCAUCGCUGAUGACAUCAUGGAUUCAUCCCUGACCCGGAGAGGUCAGCCCUGCUGGUACAAGAAGGACGGCAUCGGUUUGGAUGCCAUCAAUGAUGCCUUCCUCUUGGAGGCCUCCAUUUACAGGCUGCUCCGCAGACACUGCAGAAGCCAGCCUUACUAUGUACACCUACUAGAGCUAUUCAAUGAGACCUCCUUCCAGACAGAACUGGGCCAAGCCCUGGACCUCAUGACGGCGCCCCCUGGUCACAUUGACCUCAACAGAUUCAUCAUGGAGAGGUACAAAGCUAUUGUAAAAUAUAAGACUGCCUUCUACUCCUUCUACCUUCCGGUAGCAGCAGCGAUGUACAUGGCUGGAAUCAAGGACGAAGGAGAGCACAAAAAUGCCAAACUCAUCUUACUGGAGAUGGGAGAGUUCUUCCAAAUACAGGACGAUUACCUGGAUUGUUACGGGGACCCUGCCGUGACGGGAAAGGUCGGCACGGACAUCCAAGAUAACAAGUGCAGUUGGCUCGUUGUCACGGCGAUGGAGAUCCUGACCCCUGAACAGAGAGCAGAAUUAGAGGCAUGUUACGGGCGUCACGACGAUGCCAGCGUGGAAAAGGUCAAAGCUUUGUACGACGCCCUGCAGAUGCCAAGCCUCUACCGCAAGUACGAAGACGAGAGUUACCAACGGUUGCAGAAACUCAUCGCGUGUCACGCUCAGAACCUUCCUCACGACGUAUUCCUCAAUUUUGCCAAGAAGAUUUACAAGAGGAACAAGUGAGGAGGAACAUGGGAUCAUGUCAUAGGACUUGAGACACCAGCAGGGGUGGAGAGUUGUAAACCAUGGAGGCGCUGGUUUAAAUCUAUUCACACAUCAGCUUUUUGUCUUAUUUAUUGCAGUCAGUUCAUUUUAAUGCCAUCAUUUAUCGCAUCAUUUCUCUGCAGAGUGAUCGCUCGAGGUUUCAAUUGUGAUGUACAGUAUAGAUGUAUUAAUUUGAUUGUAUGCUACAUAUGAGCUAUACACUCAUUCAGACCAUCUUUAUUAAUUCUAUAUUUUUGUAUCUGCUGCUUUACUUAGAGGCUGCCAUGGACUGAUUAUUGCCUUUAAUAAAUGAGAAAUGAAUAGA